AUGAACAAGGUGCUGCAGGGGGUCUUCAAGGCCGUCGAGUGGGUCCUCAAUUGGCCGGACAAGGAUAACCUCUUCUUGUCCAAGGUCUACGCCCCGGUAGACGAAGAGACGACCCGAGCGUGCGAGGUCGUGGGAGUGCUUCCAGAGGCUCUUAACGGGACUGUGGCUCGGAACGGGCCGAACCCCAAGUUCAAACCGAAGGCCGGCUAUCACUGGUUCGACGGAGAUGGAAUGGUGCAUAGCGUCCGGAUCAAGGCGGGCAAGGCAACAUACUCCAACCGGUACGUGAGGACGGAGAAGCUAAGGACCGAAGAAGAGGCGGGCGAGGCCGUGGCCGUCAAGUUAGGAGACAUGGCAUCUCUGGUGGGCAUCCCGAAGAUGCUACUUUACUCCCUUAAAGUGAAGCUCGGGAUAAUCCCUGACUUGAUUGACGCUCUGGAAACGACCGCCAACACCAGCCUCGACUUCCACGCAGGCCGUCUCUUUGCUCUCUGUGAGGGAGGUCUUCCAUACGCCCUCCGCGUCAUGUGUGACGGGGUGAUCGAGACGAUCGGCAAGGCUACUUUCGACGGCCAGAUGAAGGCGCCGUUCACGGCUCACCCCAAGAAAGAUCCAGACACUGGCAAGCUGUACGCGUUCGGCUAUCAGUUCACGGACUCGACCAAGCCGUACGUGACCUACUACGUCCUGGACAAGAACGGAAAACUGGAGCGUCAGUUUCCGAUCGUGGACGUCAAGAGGCCUAUCAUGAUGCAUGACUUUGCAAUCACCAAGAACUACGCAGUUUUCUUGGACUUUCCCCUGCUGUUCAAGCCGGAGCUGAUGUUGACCGGGCAAAUCCCCUUCGUUUUCGACGAGACGGCGGGGUCCAGGAUGGGUAUCCUGCGUCUGGACGCCAGCGAUUCGUCCGAGAUGCGCUGGUUCGACAUGCCCCAGGCGUACUUCGCAUUUCACGUCCUCAACGCUUGGGAGGAAACGAUGGAGCAGACGGGAGGGCCGGGCGGGGUCGCUCCCAAUACAUCUUCGGUGAUCAAGAUCCACACCUGUGACACCAAACACCUUGAUAUGGACUUCCGCAAGGCUGCACAUGGCGUCGAUCAGGACUCGUUGCCGUUCCUGCACACCGUCAUUCUCAACCUGGACACGGGCGAGGUCAUCAGAUACAGUGUCCUCCCGGAAAAGCCUUUCUCCGAGGGGAUGGACUUCCCGCAGCUCCGGCGAUCCCUCGUGGGAAGGAAGAACAGGUUCGGUUACUGCACCACAUUCAACUCGAAAGGCGACGCCGCCGCCGAGCUCAAGGUCGACCUCCAGGCGGCAAAGCCAGAACUGGCGCAAGUCGGGCGAAUCGACUACGAGGAUGGCUUUGUGGGCGGCGAGUGCAUUUUCAUCCCUUCCAAGCCCGACGACCAUGCCGGCCACGACGGCGACAGUGACAGUGACGGUGAGCUUGAGGGCGGAGAGGACGAUGGCUACCUGGCAACCUUCGUGAGCCGGAAAGACGGCACAGGGAACUCAGAGCUGCGUGUUUUCAAUGCCAAGACAAUGAGUUCGGAGCCGGUCGCCAUCGUCAAACUGCCGGCGAGAGUGCCCGCUGGGUUCCAUGCUAUUUUCGUCUCCGAGGCCGACCUCGCCAAACAACAACAGUGA